AUGAAGCCAGAUGGAGAGCUAUGGUUCACCAAGAACCUGUCCCCAGACAAGAUCAAUCUUAGCACGCUGAAGGGCGAGGGCCAGCUAUCCAACCUGGAGCUGGAUGAGGAGGUGCUGCAGAACAUGCUGGACCUUCCCACCUGGUUGGCUGUCACCCGGGUCUACUGCAACAAGGCUGCAAUCAGGAUACAGUGGACAAAGUUGAAGACCAGCCCUAUUUGCCUGUUCCUGGACAAGGUAGAAGUGGAGAUGAGAACGUGUGAGGAGCCCCGCGCCCCAAAUGGCCCCUCCCCUAUUGCCAUCACUGCUGGCCAGAGUGAGUAUGGCUUUGCUGAGAAGGUGGUGGAGGGUAUGUCAGUCAUCAUCAACUCCAUCACCAUCAAGGUGCAGUCCCGUGCCUUCCACGCCUCCUUCGAGCUCUGGCAACUCCAGGGUAACAGUCUCAACCCCAAAUGGCAGAAGACUGACCUCCGCUACACCCGCAUCACGGACCCAAAAAGAGGAGAGGUGUUGACAUUUAAGGAGAUCAACUGGCAGAGUCUGCGUAUCGAGGCCGAUGCCAUAGAGAGUGAGGACCAGGACCUGAACAGUACCCCACUACGCCUCAUCACCAACCAGGGACGCAUCCGCAUUGCCUUGAAGCGCAGGCUGAAGGACUGUAACGUGCUGGCCUCUAAGCUGCUCUUCAUCCUGGAUGACCUGCUGUGGGUGCUGACGGACUCUCAGCUCAAAGCUGUCAUCCACUACGCCAAGUCCCUGAGCGAGGCUAUGGAGAAGUCUGCCCAGCAGAGGAAGAGCAUGGCCGCAAAGUCCCUACAGACUGCACCACCUUCCCCUGGUAUACACGCUCUAUGGACAAACCCUCCACCCUCUCCCAGUGGUGGAGUCCCCAGUACCCUGGACCAGUACUUUGAUCAACACGAUGUCAAAGAGUCCUCCUACCACACCUUCAUCUCUCGUCUAGACCUGCACAUAUGCAACGACAGUUCCUCAGCAGACCCCGAUGAGCCUCCUCCUCCAUGCUCCCAUGGUGCAAUGCAGCUGACCUUCCGUAAGCUUGGUUUUGACUACUACCCCAUCCACAGGCCUGGUGAUGGCUGUCGGCAUUGGGAGCGUCACUGUGGGGCGAUGGAUGCCCGGGCCCAGUGGGCUGGCUUACUACUGCAGGAGUUCCAGAGGAGGGUGGAAGCGUCAGGGAUCCCUGGGCCAGACUCUAAGGUCCCCAACCAGGUCAAGGACUUCCCCGCCAAGAGGACCCAGGAUGGACAACCCACCCCCAAGGCCAGCCCUCCUGAAAGGGAGCAGAUCUCCAAGAGGACCUCAAUAGCACAACCUCUCCCGGGGAACCCUCUUAAGAGGCUCCGCUCCAGCUGUGUGGUGGUACGAAUGGAUGACUUGGAUAUACAUCAGGUGUCUACAGGGGGACGCCACAGCAAGAAGACCCAGUCCUUAAUAUCCUGUAACCGCAAGGCCCUGAACCUAGCAGACAAUAUACCAGCCAUCCACCUGCAAUUCACAGAGUAUUACUUCCCUGACGACCCCGGUUUGCCUGUACCCAAUACUAACCUAUAUGCCCAACUGAACGGCCUACAGCUGUGCCUGGACCCUGCCAGUCUUCUGUGGGUCAACCUGUUCUCUAGGGGCCUGAUGCGUACCCUGGAGCAGGUCAAAGCCUUCUACCACCUCCAGGACAGCAGCAAGGCAGAGGAGCACAUGGACAUCCACAUGGACGCAGCUCAGAUCAAGCUGAUCAUUCCCCUGGAGUCAUCCAUUAUGGACCACCAGGACCGGCCCCAGUCCCUAAGCGUCACCGUCCCCCAGAUGGUCCUCAGCAACACACGCCACUCCCCCCACGGCACCCGGGCCGACCUCCACACCACCUACAGCAGUUUCUCCACCUGCCACUUCUUCCAGUCAACUCCCCCUUGCUCCUUCCCCCGAGACCAGAGCUCCUUCCUCCCGCUACCCUCUGCCUUCCUCCAGCACUCCCUGGAGAUGGAGCCCCUGUCCCUGUCUGAGAGGAGGCCCCUAAGGCCCAAGGAUGUUUGGUUCCUCAGCCUGUCCCGUCUGUCCAUGAGCUUCGAGGGGGCGCGGAAAAGCAACAGGGGCAGAGCUCACCCCUUCGUGGAGCCUUUCACCAUUUCUGUGUGGAUGUGUCGUCCGUCUGCGUUUAAGGGCAGUUCCCUGGUCUCCUCCCCCAAUAAACCAGCUCCUGUUGAUCCCAACCAUAAAACCCCAGAACAGCAGGAGAACCACCUCCCGCCCAACCUGGAACACAACCAGGACAGUCGACAGGAGGCUGUAGUGGCUUCUAUCCACUUCCUGGCUCAGGCCAUCACACCGGUCAAGGUGUGGCUCAACCACUACCAGUAUGUUGCCCUGUUGCGGAUGAAGGACACCCUGGCCAGGCUGGGGCACGAGCUGGGCCGGGACACCAGGGACGCUAAGCAGGCCAGGGGCCAGGAGGCUAACCCCCCUACGGUGUGCCUAGCCCUCCUAAUGGACUCAGUGGAGCUGGGGCUCCUGCUACCACCUGCAGCCAUGGAGCCAGAGGAGGCCCACACCCCAGGGUCUGAAAGCCCCAGCCUGACAGACUCCGAUCUCUCCCCCACUCACCAGGCUACUUCGCCAGACCCUCUGGAGGACAGUGGGAUAGGAAACACCACUGCCACCGUCAACAGCUCUCCUCCCCUUGAGGACCCCUCUACCUUCAGCCUGGAGGGAGAGCUGUCCACUGCCCUCACCUCCACCAAGGACGUCACCAAAGAUGCCUUUAGUGCCUCCCUGGACCUGACUAAAGGGGCGUUCUCUAUCACAAAAGAUGCCUUCAGCUUCAUGAGUCGUGGGUCGGGGAUGAGCAAGCUGUUCAAUCCACAGGCGAAGGAGCAGCGCGACGAGGUGUCCCACAUGGCCAGCCUGCGGCUCCAGUCCAUGAACCAGUCUCUCUCACAGCACUCAUUUGACAGUGCUAUCCUGGACAGGAGCCUGCCCAACGACCACCUCUCAGUGGAAAGCGACGCCAGCGAGAACGUUGUCAUCCUCAUGGAUGAGUCAGGGGUAGAGUCCAUGAUGCGACCCAACGGCACCCCGGGGCCCAGUGGAGGCAGUCCUGCCCUGAGGACAGAGGGGGGGUCCUCAGCUGACCUGAGCAGCUCCCUGUCCCAGAGCAUUGAGGACAUCACACAGGACACAACCUCUGUGUUGUUGCUGGUGCUCAGUGGGAUGGCCUGUGUGGCAGACCUGAAGGGAGAGGACCUGGUGGUGGCAGUGGAGGCCCAGGAUCUCAUCCUAAGACAGAUGGGCAACGUCAGGGUCUCUGACCUGCUGGCCGAACUGAUGCCAGCGCCAGGUGGGUCUACCGUUGGCCAGAGGCAAGGCUGCAGGGCAGUUCCCGUGGUGGGCAUACGGAUGGAGAUGGGUCCUUCUGCAGCGCGGCAUGGUUCUCUGUCUGCGUUGGUGGGUCACCUGGAGCUGGGUGUGCGAGGCUGUCGGGUGGAUCUGUUGGUUUCUACCCUGGCCACCCUGGGGCCCUUCCUGGAGGAUGAGCUCAGUGCUGACGUCCAACCCAUUAAGAUCUGGCUGGAAAACGUCACUAUCACUCUGAAGGAUGAUGGUCCCAAGGUCUACCCCACGGCCCCCCAGCCCCAACCUGUCACCUUUACCAUAGACCAGGUGGUUGUGGAGCGAUCUGAUGACGGCAUAUUGAGAAUCAAAGGUGGUGAAGGCACAGUCCCAAGAGACUCAGCAGGUGGUGCUGUGAAUACUUUCCUGGAGUCGCAGCUAUCGGAAGCUCAGUCGGCCCUCUCUCAAGCCCUCACUGACCGAGAGCGUCUCCUCUUGGAAGUCAGGAAGUAUGACCCCAUGUUUGACCUGUGA